CUACAGCCCUUCAACUUGUUGAAGUUUCCCUCUGAACUUUACAUUCCGCGCGGACCAGCCCCCCGUUCAGCAGCAUGCCUCUCUCCAACAAGUGGUGGAUUUUGUGCGCAGUUUUGCUCUCCUGUCUGACCCGUUUGGGGUCUUGCAGAAAAGCACAUGGAGUGCCAGCUGAACCCGUCAUCUUCAGUGAGUUAUGUGCCCUGAAGGACGAGCCGGGGCCGUGCAGGGCCAUAAAGGACAGAUACUUCUUCAAUGUCGACUCCGGACGCUGUGAACUCUUUGAAUAUGGAGGCUGUGGGGGAAACCAGAACAAUUUUGAGACUUUGGAAGAAUGCGAGGAAACAUGUCUCGUCUCGGAUAACAAGAACCCAUGUCAUUUACCCCAGGCUCCUGGUCCCUGUCGAGGGCUCGUGUCACGCUUCUUCUUUGACAGCUCGAGUCAGGAGUGCAAGCAGUUCUAUUACGGAGGAUGUUUUGGCAAUGCCAACAAUUUCAGGACCAUGGCUGAGUGUCAGGCAAAAUGUCUAAAUCCAGCACCAGAAUCUCCUUCUCCAAAAAAAGACGUUGUUCAGCCAACCGUCGAGACUGGGGAACAAAUUGCAAAUGAACCUUUGGUGCAAGGGAAUGACACAAAUCCAGAGACAAACGAGUUUUGCUUCAGACCUGUGGACAAGGGGACAUGUAGUGGGUCAGAGAAGAGAUAUGCAUACAUUCCAGAAAAAAAGCGAUGCCAGUCAUUUUCCUACAGCGGCUGUGGAGGGAAUGAAAACAACUUCGUAACCCGGAGACACUGCUUCCACAAAUGCAUCAGAAAGGGUCAUGGGAAGAGGAUGACGAUCCGAGUAAAGAGGAAAAACUUGCACAACAUUCUUAAUCACUCAAGGAGAACACUCGACUCUGCGUGAGAUUCUACUCUGCUGUCAGCUGUAUUUAUGCCAAUAUAUGUUUGUUUUUUGUUUUUUUAGCUUUAUGCAUGUUUUUUUGGUUUUAUUUUGUUUUGAUUUUUCUGCUGUGCAGCCAAGUCUGCCUCAACCCUUUGACAUCAUUGCUCCUCUUAGCAAUAUGACUUUCUUGACUUGUUGAAAUAUGUUUAUUCAUCCCAGGAAUAAUCUGAGGUUUUUGUCAAUAAAAACUCUGUUAAUUUUAUUUUUGGUCAGACACAUGAAACUAAGCCUGCGCUGCACUGUGCACUUCGGAGUCAUCAUUUAGAAUCUGCAUGUAAAAUGAUGUUCAUUAAAGCGAGAUCAUUAGAAGAAAAGACUGCAGGAUCCCCCUGUGGUCUAGAUACUGGUGGUGGUAGGCGAGAGUAAGCAGAUGAUGAUGACGCUGAUGGAGAAUUUGGAUCAAGCUCAAGGACAACCCACGCUGGUGGAGAUGGGGAGGAGCAGGAGUAGAUUACAAGAGAUUGUAAUGGAACUAAAGGCAUAGUAGAUCACCCAGGUAGGAUUGCCGACUUGUGACAGCAUGAAAAAAGCCAAAGUAACAAAGAAAAUAGAGAAGGAAGAAUAUCAACAAGGGGAUUGUCACAGAUCAGCUCUUUCUUACUGAAAUCGAACACAUUUUGAAAUAAGGGGGAGUGACUUUUUGAAGGAAAAAGUGUGACUAAUGAAGCUAAAAGUGACACCAAAGAGAGAUGAUGUCCUAACGUCUUAGAUGAGGAUGGAGAAUAGUGAUUGGACCCUGAAAAGAAACAAAUGGGGGCAAACGUUUCAGAGGAUUAAAAUUUAUUAAAAAGAAAAAGCUUCAUAAAAACAAACACAGUUUGCCACUGAGAAAUAUCAUAAAGAGCUUUAUCCUGUUUGCUUGUCUGUGUGUGUCUCUUUGCCGCUGAGACUGCUGCUGCCAUGACCUUUAAUAAAGAGCUGCCUUACAUGAAUGAAACAUAUACUGAACAGGCUAUAGUGUAUACAUGAUGAUCAUGUCUUUAUGAUGUUUUUUCAAUAAUAACUUACUCAGAAAAGGGCAAGCAUAGCAUCAAAGAAUAAUAUUUCUGCCUUUCAUUACAAAACAUUAAAAUUGAGCGACACACAGAGACACAAGAAACACAGAGACCGAUGAGCUUUGAUAUCGCAGCAGGAUAGUCGUGUUUUCAAUAGCGCAGUCAGGAAAAAAAUUUGGUUUGAGCUUGAUCUGUGUGAGCCAGUGUCAUGAACCUAAUCAGUUGUGUCACAUACAUCAUCAAACUGAAAAGGAUAAAGCUGCAACAUGAAAGCCUUCAGGCAGUCCUGAAUUUAAAAGCUUUCCACCAAAUGUUCAACCAGUACUUUUCACUGCAUUAUUAGUUUAAAUGCAGGCAUCAUAUUAACAGCAGGGGUUUAUUUUUUAAUACUUCGCAUUAUUAUUAGGCUUUAUAGUCGAAUAAAGUGGGGAUACUUAAAGUAAUGUUUCAAAAUUGCAGGAUUUACAUCAGAAUUUAUGGAAAAAAUAUAACAUCCCACAAGCAGAUUUUGAAAUAACUGCUACACAGUGCUACUGAGAACGAUGCGCUCUGAUGGUGUCGUUGUACGUCAGGCAGCAUCUCAUAUUCUUCUGUGGCACACUUGGCUUGGGAUACCAGCUCUUGUGUAAAAAUGAUUUAAGUACCUAAAUUGGAUUUUCAAUGACUGAAUCUUAUUAUUUGCAUCGUUUCUAUGGCUUAUUGACAAAAAACACAUUUGUUUGGCUGAUGUUCAUGCUCUGGGCACUAAUGCUUUGCACUGCAGUUAUCAUAUGUAUACAUAUUUUAUGUCUUUCUAUUUUUACGACCAGAUAUUAUCAUUUCGAUUUAAACUUCUCACUAUAGCCUUAAUGGGAAUACAUCUAAUGCAUAUUUACUGUGUAUGUACAGCGGCUGAUACUGUUCUGCUGUGGUGUUGACAUAGUUUCUCUUCAAUGUGAAUGACGGCAUUAAAGUUGUGCACAAUUCUUCUCCCAGAAUUAAAUUUUUUCAAGCAAAUCCACAAUCAAGAAACCAUCACAGCUGUAAAUCAUUGUGAACAGGAUAAUGACUGUAUUGUUGUUUGUUAUUGAUUUUUUUAUGACUUUAAAUCAAUGUCUUCAAGCUUUGGAAUGUUGUUGGUAGGAAAAGCCAGAAGGGGGCAGUGUUGUGUAAAGAAAGAAGUUUGUGAGCAGCAGCCAAUGCAGUGUGUUGUUUACUGUACAUGGCUGUAAUGGAUGGGACUGUAAGAGCUUAUAUAAUACAUUUCAACAAUCCUA